AAUCAGUAGCGUGAAGUAGCUGAAGGCACCACAGUAUAAAUAAACGAUAUCAUCUUUUGCGUGUUCUCGGGCCGAACAAGCUGCUGCUGCCUGAACUUUAAACGCUUUAUUAUCGCUACCACAUAGUUUCUGACUCCUAAACAAACAAAACCCAGCUGACUACCGGUGCCCUGAAUGAGUUAAGGUUAGGCUACGGAAAUAGGUGUGAUUCAGGCUGGUGAUGUGGAGAAAUGAAAACGAAACCAAAGAAACCCGAGAAGUUUAGUCUGGAAAGUUGAUCAUCAAGUGGUGGUUUCGACGUUUCAGUAGAUUCAGUCAGCACAUGAGUUUCGGAUCUCCCGCACAGUAAACAAUAAGAUUUCCAUUUUUAUUUUAACCACGCAGCUAAUACGAUGAGGCUCCAAUGAGGAACUGAAGACAACAGUCGAGAGGAGAAACAUGCCUGUGUCAAGAAAGGAACUACAGGAGGCCUUGUGCUGCUACACUGCAGACACCCUCAGCUACAUUGACACAGUAAGAGAAUUCUGCAAGAGGAUCUCUAAAUGGAUGCUUGGGAGGGAGUCAGAGUUGGAAAUGAUGAUGGACAUCAAAGACAGGGCUGGAAAAAUUGACCUGAACAUCAGCCAUGUUACCCAGUCAAAGAACAGAGGAGAGGCCUUUCUGGAAUAUAUGAAGAGCAAGGUGACCCAAGUGACUGCAGACAGCAGGCGUGCAGAGCUGGAGAAAGAGCUGGCUGCUGUGGUGAAGGACACUCUGGGAGGCCUGGAGAAGCUGGACUACUUCCUGGAUGCAGUGGAAAAACUGGCGGUCACCUCACUUCAUGUGUUCAAGGAGGAGAACCAGGUGUUACACCUGCCCCAAGGGAUCAGCUGUGAACAGGUUCAGAUUGUCAUCUCUUCUGCACGGCAAAUCUGCCCACAACUCCUCGAGUUUAAAAGAGAUGCAAGUGUCUUCUUCCUUCCCAAACUUCAGAACGUGGACGUGCUGUCCUAUCAGCUGGACAAAUACAUUCGGACCACCCAGAAAAUCUGUGACAAGUUAGAGAAAAGCUCCUUCAGUGAGUUUAGCCUGAAGAUGACUGCUGAAACUCUGGUAGACCUCGAUGUGAAUUUGUCUGAAGAUGACGUACAGAGGAUGCUUUGUCACAUUACUCAGCUUGAUGAAAUCAGGAUGAACCAGGACUUCCGGAUGGUGUUCUUGUUUCAGGAGGACUCAGGUUUUGCCUUCAUCAGUGAGUUCAGCAAACGACAGCCCGGGAUGCUGCAGUUUCUCAAUGAGCUGGAGGAGAAUGCUGUUCAGCUAGACAGGAUGAAUAAGGGGGCAAAGAUCUCCAGUGUUGCAGGCAGCUCAGUGGGGGCAGUUGGAGGUGUGCUUUCUAUCAUUGGUUUGGCAUUAAUUCCUGUAACAGCUGGAGUGUCUCUAGCUCUGACAAUGACAGGGGUAGGGAUGGGAAUUACCAGUGGGGUCAACAGCGCUGUCACCACAGCCACAGAGAUCGGAGUAAACCGUAAACAUCAAAAGAAAGCCAGUGAAGUCUUCCAGAGCUUCAUGAAGGACGUGCAGAUUCUCCAGGAUUGUCUGGACGAUGUGAUCAAAAGAGAAACAGAUAAGAUAGAUGUGUCUGUAGGAGUAGGAAAGGUGCUUUGUAAAGCUGUUGUUAUCGGAAAUGGAAUUGAUGCGCUUGUUGAUGCUGCCUCUGCUGCUAAGAUGUUGAGAAGUGAAGAGCUGAUUGUAAGUGCUGGCAAGGUGGUGGCCCAGGAAGGUAAAGCAUUUCGUAACGUGCCCAGGGUGGCCUCAGAAGUCCCAGAUAUCGGUCAGGUAGCAGUCAAAGGGCCUCUUGCCCUCUCCAAGUCAGCCAGGGUCGGUCUCAUUGCAGCCAAUGCUCUUUUCCUUGGCCUGGAUAUCUUCUUCAUCUGUAAAGACAGCAUUGGUCUGGCCAAAGGCAGCGAGACUGAAGUCUCACAGUUCAUCAGAGCCAGAGCUACACUUUGGAGCUCAGAGAUGGACUCGUGGCAGAAGAUCCACGACUCCCUGUGCAAAGGUCUGCUGACAUCAGAGAAAAAACAAGCUGUCCUGGAGACGCCAUUUUCUUCGGAGAUGGAGAUGAAGAAACUGAGUGAAACAAAAAUGGAAUUUGAUGAGGUGGCUGAAAAACUGAAAGAAAGACAGUCUUGUGUAAUACAGUAGUGCUCAAUGAACAGAGAUUACAGAGAUCAGAUUUCUGCCUUUUCCCCAGCUCUGUUGGUGUGUUUAUAGAGGAGAUCCAUUUAAUGUGAUCAAAUCAUGUAAAAAUUCAACUAAUAUUACAGCUCACAGUAAAGCAUUAAACAAAAUUAACAUUGAUCUCUGAGGAAUUAAUUAACUGUAAUUCCUGUGACAUAAAGCAAUUUGACUGUUUUUACAUAUUCUUUGGGCAGAAUGUUUCUUUUUCCUUCAUUGGAUGUAUGAACCUUUUGUUCAGCUUGUAUUGAAACAUAAUGUAUUAUAGGUGUCACUUAGUAAUAAACACUAACUGAUAAUAAAUGUAACUGGAAAAUAAAAGAUUGUUUUAAUUCUUGAGUUGCAAUCACUGUCAUAUCUAAAAUAUACUCUGUACAAUAUGUAUGAUCUGCAUUAUUCACUGCACAUUUUUCUCGCACAAUCAAAUAAAGAAAAUAUGUUAUAACAAG